AUGGCGGGAGCGUUCAAGAACGUCAUCCUGGGCGGCGGAAACGCCGCGGGCUACGCGGCCCGUGAGUUCGUGAAGCACGGCCUCGGCAAGGACGUCUGCCUGAUCUCCGAGGAGGACGUGCUGCCGUACGAGAGGCCCGCACUGAGCAAGGCGUAUCUGUUCCCCGAGGGCUCGUGGGCGCGUCUGCCAGGAUUCCACACGUGCGUGGGCGGCGGCGGGGAGCGCCAGGACCAGGCGUGGUACGACAGCAACGGCGUGAAGACGGUGCUUGGCUGCACGGCCACCAGCGUCGACGUGAAGGCGAAGAAGAUUGAGACCACGAAGGGGACGUUCACGUUCGAGAACCUGAUCUACGCGACCGGCUGCGGCUCCACGACGCUGGCGGACUUCAAGACCCCUGGCGCGGACCUGGAGAACGUCCUGUACCUGCGCGACGUCAAGGACGCCGACAAGAUCAACGCCGCCGUGCAGGCUGUCAAGGCCGCGGGCGGCAAGGUCGUCUGCGUCGGCGGCGGCUACAUCGGCAUGGAGACUGCGGCGGCGAUCAGCAAGCACGGCGUCGACAUCACCAUGGUGUUCCCGGAACCACACAUGAUGGCGCGCCUCUUCGACGCCUCGAUGGCCGAGUGGUACGCCGAGCAGUACGCGAAGCACAACAUCAAGCUCGUCAAGGGCGACCUCGUCGUGGGCCUGGAGGCGGCCCCGGGGACCACCAAGGUGGGCACGGCGAAGCUCAAGUCGGGCGGGACGCUCCCGGCGGACCUGGUCGUCGUGGGCGUCGGCGCGCGGCCGCGCGUGCAGCUGCUCGAGGGGCAGGUGGCGCUGGAGGCCGGCGGAGUGAAGGUGGACGGGCAGAUGAAGGCCUGCGAGGGGGUGUACGCCGUGGGGGACGUGGCGGCGUUCCCGCUGCUGCGCCACGGCGGGAAGAUCGUGCGGCAGGAGCACGUCACGCACGCCCGCGCCUCGGCCAUCCAGGCCGUCAACGCGAUCGUGGACCCGAAGACCCCUGCGUACGACUACCUCCCGUUCUUCUACUCGCGCGUGUUCGACCUCUCGUGGCAGUUCUACGGCGACAGCGCGGGCUCGAUUGUGCACUUCGGGGACCGCGCCAGCAAGAAGUGGGGCGCCUACUGGGUCGACGGUGGCAAGGUGGUGGGUGCGUUCCUGGAGGGCGGCUCGCCCGAGGACAACGCGCUGAUGAAGAAGGUGGCGGUCGCGCAGCCCGCCGCGCCCGCGGACCUCGCCGACGCCGGCCUGUCGUUCGCCGCCAAGCUCUGA